CUUUCUCUUCCUCUUUCGCUCCUUGCUACCGCAAUUCACAGCAGACAUCCUUUGUAGCAGGAGCCUCCCUCUCUCUCCUCUCUCCUUCACAUCCUUUCUCUCUCCACACACACACACAUACCAACAUAGUCAUGCCUUCUCUCGCUCUCUCCGAACCUGUAUCCUCCCAGUCCCCCAAAGUCAAGAAGAAGAAGAUGAAGGCCGACGCGAACGUCGAAACCCUAGAACUCGACUCCUCGACCGUUAAGAAGGCCAAGAAGGAGAAGAAAGCGAAGAAGUCGAAGGCCUCCGAUUCCGAUUCGGAAGAAUUCAACUUGAACAGCAAGAAGAAAGAUAAGAAGCGGAAGGCGGCCGAUAUCGACGAGGAGGAGGAGGAGGAGAGGAGCGAAGCAAGCUCGGAAUUGAUCGAGCCGGUGAAUUCGAGUAAGAAGAAGAAGGUGAAGCUGGUGGAGGCUGUCGAUGACGUGGAGGAGGGGGAGGAAAUGGAGAAUCCGAAUUCGGUGUCGAAGUUUAGGAUUUCGGCGCCGCUGCGGGAGAUGUUGAAGUCGAAGGGGAUUGAAGCGUUGUUCCCUAUACAAGCCAUGACUUUUGAUAUCGUCCUGGACGGGUCGGACAUCGUGGGCCGGGCACGCACCGGUCAGGGUAAAACACUAGCCUUUGUGUUGCCAUUAUUGGAAUCUUUAACAAAUGGGCCUACAAAAGCAGCAAGAAAAACUGGAUAUGGGAAGGCACCAAGUGUUCUUGUGCUUUUACCUACAAGGGAAUUGGCCAAACAGGUGUCUGCGGACUUUGAAGUUUAUGGUGGGGCCUUGGGAUUGACCUCAUGCUGUUUAUAUGGCGGAGCUCCUUACCAAAGUCAACAGAUUAAACUGAAAAGAGGGGUUGAUAUAGUUGUGGGGACACCUGGCCGAAUUAAGGAUCACAUAGAGAGGGGAAAUAUUGAUCUGAGCUCACUGAAGUUCCGUGUGCUCGAUGAAGCUGAUGAAAUGCUAAGGAUGGGUUUUGUUGAAGAUGUUGAGCUUAUUCUAGGUAAGGUGGAGGACGUGAGCAAAGUUCAGACACUUCUAUUCAGUGCCACUUUACCAACCUGGGUUAAGAAUAUUGCUGCUAGGUUUCUCAAACCCAAUAAAAAAACUGUUGAUCUUGUUGGUAAUGAAAAGAUGAAGGCUAGUACCAAUGUGAGGCAUAUAACUAUUCCCUGCUCAAGUUCUGCCAGAUCUCAACUUAUUCCUGAUAUUAUUCGCUGCUAUAGCAGUGGUGGGCGUACUAUCAUUUUCACUGAGACGAAGGAUUGUGCUUCUGAACUUGCUGACAUUUUGCCUGGAGCACGUCCUUUACAUGGGGACAUACAACAAGCUCAGAGGGAGGUUACUCUUUCUGGCUUCAGAUCAGGAAAGUUCAUGACAUUAGUGGCAACAAAUGUGGCAGCAAGGGGGUUGGACAUCAACGAUGUUCAGUUAAUCAUCCAGUGCGAGCCUCCACGUGAUGUAGAAGCAUAUAUUCAUCGAUCUGGACGGACGGGUAGAGCUGGAAAUACUGGGGUUGCAGUGAUGCUUUAUGACCCAAGACGUUCAAAUUUUGCCAAGAUAGAAAGAGAAUCUGGGGUUAAGUUUGAGCACAUAUCUGCUCCUCAGCCAGCUGAUAUUGCCAAGGCUGCUGGAUCAGAAGCAGCAGAAACAAUCACCCAAGUAACCGAUGGUGUCAUUCCCAUCUUCAAAUCUGCUGCUGAGGAGCUAAUAAAUGCUUCUGGUCUAUCACCGGUAGAACUGCUUGCAAAAGCACUUGCCUGGACUGCUGGUUAUACAGAGAUCAAGAGUAGAUCACUUCUUACUUCCAUGGAGAACCAUGUCACUGUACAUCUUGAGGCUGGAAGACCCAUAUACACACCAUCGUUUGCUUAUGCUGUCUUGAGGAGGUUUUUACCUGAGGAGAAAGUGGAGCUGGUGAAGGGUUUCUCUCUAACAGCUGAUGGAAAGGGGGCGGUAUUCGAUGUGCCUACUGAAGAGUUGGACACAUUUCUUGCUGGCCAGGAAAAGGCAGGUGGUGUGAGUUUAGAGGUGGUGAAAGAGUUGCCUCAAUUGCAAGAGAAAGAAGCAAGAGUGGGAAGAUUUAGCAAUAGUGGGCGUGGCGGCGGGGGUGGGAGGUUUUCAGGAGGAAGAGGAGGUGGUUUCUCUGAUCGAAGAAGCGGUGGGUUUUCCAGAGGCUCCGGUGGCGGGAGGGGUCGCAGCAACAACAAAUGGUGAGCAGCUUAGAUUUUCACAAAACAUUCAGCUAACUGAUGCAGCAUUUGGUCACCUGUUGCAGCGAAGAGUUUUUGUGAUAUCAAAUAAAAUGGAGAUGUGAUUCCUAAGCCAAUUUGUCCUACAAUUGAAAAGCUGAAUACUGGAAUGUAGCCCAUUUGUGUUUAUCCUUUUUUUUUUUAAUUUUUUGGCGGGGUUUUUCCUUUGCCCCUCCAACUAAAGUUUUGCAAAUGAGGAAACCACCAUAGAGGAGAAUGUACUCUUAUUUAUUAGGUAAAUGUAUUGCGUUCGAAUUUAUCAAGGGACUAUAUGGUUUUAUAUGUUGUUUUCUUGGAUAAACAGUUACCACUUCAUUGUAGCCUCUCUCCUUGCAAGACGUUUAAUGCAAAAUUGGCCCUGCCUUGUAGAA